UCGUAUGGUCAACUCUUGCAUUUCUCUAUUUUGGUGUUGUGUUUGCUGCUGACCCAGAACAUGCUAUAACCUACUUCGACAAUGGACCAGUCCGACUGUUCUUCUUCCAUGAUACGCCUUGCGAUAUACCACGAUGCCAUCUCCCGGAAUAUAUAUAUUUCUCAGGAUGAAGGCAAGACCUGGGAUCGCGCAGAUGGCAUACCACCUGGUGACGCUGCAAUGUUCAUCGAACACCCAUUCAACAAUCGUGUGGCAUUUGUAUUAACUGAUACCUUCAUGCAUUACCGCACUGAAGAUCGCGGAAAGAAAUGGGUCACAUUCUCCGUCCCUGACCUAGUAGCCUACGUCUCAAAACCACUCUCCUUCCACUCAGACCCCCGCAAGUGGAAGUAUACCCUUUUCCAAGGCACCAAGUGUAUACAAAUUCCUUGGGGCGAGCGUUGUCAAGACGUGACAUACUACACACAAGACGGAUUCACCACAAUACCAGAAGUACUCCAAGAUGACGUCUCUCACUGCCGAUUCGCUCAUAGCAGCAAAGACUUUCAACCUGAUAUUCAUGACGACCUCAUCUACUGCGUCGCUUACGACUCUUCUGCAAUAUCCGACUCGCGCAGUAUCAAACACAGCCGCCUUUAUUCCAGCACAGAUUUCUUUGCCACCAGGAAGAGUGAGGAUCUUGGCAUUGGAAAUCAAGCCAAGGGCGUCGUGACAUUUGCGAUCAUGUCUAAGUUUGCUGUUGUUGAACUUAAGGACUUAACGCCCAGCAGUGGUGGUGACAUGCUGUUAUAUGUUUCUGUAGACGUCAAAGAGUGGGUUAAGGCACGGUUCCCCUCCCAGGUGCGCUUACGGGAGAACACAUACUCCAUCGUCGAGUCUACGGUCCACACCUUAGCAGUACACGUUGUCCUACACGAUACAAAAGCCAUUGGUUCCCUGUUCGUCGGCGACUCCAAUGGCACCUACUUUGUGGAGAGCUUGAAAGAUACAAAUAGGAAUGUGGUGGGGUAUGUUAAUUAUGAGAACAUAUACGGCGUUGAGGGCGUAGGUAUUGCCAAUGUCGUUGCCAAUGCGCAAGACGUCACGAAGUGGAUGGCAGCCAAGCAAUUACGGUCGGUUAUCACAUUCAAUGACGGCAGCUCAUGGGCUCCUCUUCUCGCUCCUAGCGGUACCUGCUCCUCCCAGACAUGUUCGCUACAUCUGCACUCAGUGUCAGACACGCACAGCUCUGGCUCAGUUUUCUCGUCCCCUGCCCCUGGUUUUGUCAUGGGCGUGGGUUCAGUUGGGACGACGCUCGCGCCAUACGAGGAGAGCAACACCUACAUGAGCACUGACGCUGGCCUGACAUGGAAGAUGGUCCGCGAAGGCCCAUAUAAAUUUGAAUUUGGCAAUUCUGGAAGUGUCAUUGUCAUCGCCGAUGACCAGCAACCUACAGACUCCAUCAUGUACUCCACGGACAUGGGCCAUACCUGGAAGACAUACAACAUUGGCAUCCAAUUUCGUGUCAAGGGCUUAACUACGGUAUCGGAUUCAACGUCUCAGAAGUUCCUCCUCCUUGGCCAAGUGAUGUCACAGUCCCAACAACCCAGCAACAGCCGCAACACUAUCAUCCACCUCGACUUUGCCACCCUUGGACGUCUGAAGUGUGGCCCUGAUGACAAGGAGCUGUGGUACGCAAGAGCCAGUCUUAAUUCUGAGUGCAUCAUGGGCGCCAAGCGACUCUACUACAGGCGCAAGGCUAAUGCAGAUUGCUACAUGGGCGAGAAGUUAGGUCCGGAGAGUCAUAAUGAUAAAUGCCCAUGCGAGGACUAUGAUUAUGAGUGUGACUAUAACUAUGUAUGGUAUAACGAUGUAUCAGGCGACGGUAAAUGUAUUCCUUUGGGUCCAGAGCGCAUACCCAACACAGAGUGCACUAUCGGGUCUCCCAACGAGAGAUACAUGGGAUUAUCAGGGUAUCGCAAGAUCCCUGGGAACAAAUGUGAGGCUGGCAUUCGUAAGGAUGAGCCCGUGUCCAAAUAUUGUUAUGGAGCUGAACCUGCUGAAGGAGAGGUUGUUCACCUGAUCCAUACAUUCCCCAGCGAUAUUGUGCAGAGGGAGUAUGUCAUGGGGUCAAAAAUCAUCCUUGUCCGUCUUGCUGACCUCUCAGUAUGGCAAUCCAACAACGAGGGCCGUACUUGGGUACAAAAGUUUCCAGAGGAACGUUUCUUAGCGUUCUACAUACACCCAUACAGCCCCGACCGCGCAUACCUCAUCACCGACACCAACAAGUUCUACUAUACAACAGACGUAGGCCGCUAUUGGCAUGCCAUGAAUGCACCUUCGCCCCCUAAUUCCUUUGGAGCCAAAGUGCUCCAUUUUCAACGCAGGUCCGAAUACAUCAUCUGGAUCGGUAAUGUGGACUGCCAACCGGGGUAUGAAAACUGUCGUGCACAGGCCCAGUACACGUGGAACAAUGGGCGUACCUGGCAGUUGGUGGAGAACUACGUUGUCGACUGUGACUGGGCAUGUGAUGAGCCGCGGAUCAAUUCAUUUAAGAUCCUAUGUAAGUCAUAUGAGAACAAGCAGGGCUCGCAGGUAUUUUUCGGAAAAGAGAAUGCAUUGCAGCUCGUCUCUGGGACAAAUGCAAAUGGUUUUGCAGAGAUGACGAAGUUGUUUGACAAUGUUGCGGGGUUUGCCAGGUUUUCACAGUUUUUGAUCGUUGCAGAGUACCUCCAGACCACGCGCACACUUGACCUCAAAAUUUCACGGAACGGACAGACAUUUACUUCUGCGAGUUUCCCUCCUGGUAUGCAUCCAGACUCUCAUUCAUACGGCAUCCUUGAUAUCAGCACCAACAUCAUCUUCAUGUACAUGACAAUGAACGAGUGGCCUACGCCAUGGGGCAACAUCCUCAAAUCCGACUCCAACGGAACUUACUUUGUAGUGUCCAUCGAGAAUGUGAACAGGAACAAUGGUGGCUCCAUCGACUUUGAAAAAUUUGCAGGCUUGAAUGGAAUUGCGAUGGCCAAUGUGGUGACCAAUCUUGCAGAGGCUGUAUUCACGGGUCGUAAAACUCUGCAGACGAGGAUCACACAUAAUGAUGGUGGCACUUGGAAGGCACUUCGGCCCCCUUCAGUAGAUUCGCUGGGUCAGAAGUACCCUUGUUCGUCAUUGGCCUGCGCACUCCAUGUCCAUGGAUUCACAGAGCGCGUUGAUGCCCGAGUGACAUACAGUAGCCCUUCCGUCAUCGGUGUCGUUAUGGCAGUCGGGAAUGUGGGCGAUGCACUUGGCCCCUACGCCGAUAGCAAUACAUUUCUAUCACGGGAUGGCGGGUUCAUAUGGGAAGAAGUGCGCAAAGGCCCACACCUGUGGAAGUUCGGCGACUCAGGUUCUGUUAUUGUGAUCGUGAAUGACGAAGAGCCGACGGACCACGUCUUGUUUACGACAGACCAGGGGCUUAGUUGGCUAGAAUUCAAGUUCAUGUUUGACAAGAUCAGAGUGAAGGAUAUUAUGACAGCGCCGGAGGGUAGAAGUCGGAAGUUUAUACUGCUGGGCCAGUAUCCUGGGACAGCCGGCUCGGUGAUCGUGCACUUGGAUUUCUCAUCUCUCACACAUAGAAAAUGCCUCGUGGAUGUGAAAAUUCCUGGACAUGACUUUGAGCUGUGGAGCCCCAGCGAAGAAGGAGACGAACUCUGCUUGCUCGGACAACAGACGCUCUACCAUCGCCGCAAACGUGAUGUGAACUGCGUUGUUGGACACACGCCCAAGGCACCAAAUAACAUCAUGCGGAACUGCAGAUGUAGAUCAGAGGAUUUUGAGUGUGCAUUCAAUCAUAUUUGUAAUACGGAUGGUGAAUGUGUUCUUAUACCUGGCGCGAGUCCACUUGCUCCCGAUGAUUCAUGUCGCGAUGGUGAAGACUAUUGGUACGAGCGCACGGCCUACCGCAAGGUCGUCUACUCUACUUGUGAGGGUGGCGAUCGCAUCGACCAAGGCACACAACACCCGUGCCCUGACAUUGAAGUUCCCGACCACGCUACUUCUGGCCACAGAGCAAUGUUCUGGAUUAUGGUGAUUAUGGUCUCCUUCACGAUCACAGCGCUUGUCGUUGCAUGGUGCUGGUACAACAAAAGUAAAAUGGCGAGAGGGGCGAUUCAUUUACCUGAAGACGACAAUUCGCCCCAGUCAGGUCCUGGUGUGCUUGCUACGAUGGCAUCUGUGCCAUGGUUCCUGCUUGGGCUUUUGGGUGUUGCCUUUAAAUAUGCGCGUGACGUGUUGCAGGGUUACCGUGCAAGGCGUAAAUGCGGAGCUGUGUCUUUGGACGAAGAUGCGCAGGUCUUGCAUAUUGAGGAUAGGGAAUAAAUUGGGCAGCUACCAAACAGUCAUAUACAAGUGGGAAAUGUAGAAAGUGCUCGAGCUUCAAUUUUGAUCGAUGUGCUGUGGUCUCAAUCCCG